ACUGGUGAAAAGACGGCCCUAGACUCCAGGCUCCUGCCCUGGCCUGAGCGCAGAACAUUUGGGGACAGAGCUGUGUCUCUCCCUAUCACAACCCUGGACACACCAACCUGUACACCAACAUGACCGAUGUGGCGAUAGUGAAGGAGGGAUGGCUGCACAAAAGAGGAACCGACCCAACUGAUUAACUCUGUCUCAUGACACUGCAAUGCUGAUCACCCCAGGACUUUGUCUGGCUGCCAGCUUUACCGACAGGCUCGCCUCGCCUCCUUCACACACACCCUUCAUUAGGUUACAGCCUGCCAUAGGCCACACACUGGUCCUGCUCAUACACACACACCACCUCACUAUAGCAGCAUGGGCUGCCCCAGGGCUAUUAUGCCCUGUCCACACUCACGCCACCCAGCUAGCUAAAACUGUACCAGUAACCAAACUUUAAACGCCAGAAGCAGAGUCAGGGGCAGCAGCAGAGGGUCGCUCCCCAGGAGGGGAGUGCUCUGCCUGGUGUCUGGGUGUCAGCAGGGCCCCCUGCUCUGGUAAUGGGAAGCAGCCUCCUGCUAAAUGUGGUGGAGAUAAGUACAUUGUCUGGGUACAGCUGUCGACAGGCAGGCUGGAUGGUAGGGGAACAGGAGGCCAGGGAGAGCCACCUCCGUCACUUGUCUCCGCUCGCAGUGAGCCCGCUGUGUGCUUACUUUUCUGUGCAACAUCCUCCUGCUCCACAACUGUGGCUCCUGGCUGUGCUCCCCCUACCCCUCUCUCUCGCUGUAUUUGUCACUUACUUUCUUUAUUCAAUUCUCUCUGUCCCCCUUUUCUCUCUUUACCCCAUAUCCUGCUUCCUACUCCCACUCUCUUCUUCCUCUCCCUCUUUCUUAAUCCUCUCAUUUCUUCUCUGCCUCUGCCAGUCGCCCCCCCCCCACCACCACAACCUCCUCGCCCUCUCCCUUCUCCAGCUCCUCCCUCCCCUUUGCCAGGAUAAUGACCCUGCUGACAACACAGAGCCGAGGCGGAAGCUGCUUCUGACUGGUGUGGCGCUCCCAGUCUGACAUCAAUCACAUCACUGGCUCUCCCCAGCAGCUGGGACAGCGAGAGAGGUGGAGUGUGGACAGGCAGGGCUGCUCAGCUGUCCAUAGAGCCUGACUCUGACUGUAUGUUCAGGCUGCUGUCACGUUCAUCAGACCAUCAUCAUGAUACACACCCAGAUUACACGUAGUGCCUCAUCUGGCUCAGGGACAACUUGUCAUUAUGGAUCACAGACAGAUAUACCCCAACAAAUGUAUUUGAAUUGGCCUUACCUCUCCUUAAGUUAGAAAUGUAAUGUCAAACCUUUUAUUAUACAUGAUUGUAUCAUUUAAGAGUGAUGGACUGUUCCCUGGUCAUUUAAAGUUAAUUGGCACUCAUUUGAACUGAAUAAUGUGUGUUUAUUUGUUUGUCAUGCAGUAACCCAGUUAACUAAUCCAUGGUUGGCUUGUUUACCAAAAGGAGGGGCCAAAUUUCACACACAGAAAAGCAGGGUAUACUUCCCACAGUGUGUCUAUGGUAAUAAGCAGGUGUCAUUUGCUGUGGAGAAGAAGUGAGGGCUUUCUUACGAGCGUGAGAAAGAGGGGCAGACUCCGCACCCCCUCCCCAUGUCCCCCCUUUUUUCCUGUAGCAGCAGCAGCCGCAGCAGCAGAGCGGGAGGGGGAGAUGAAGAGAGGGCUGCAGUGGAGGCUGAGGCGGCCCUUCCCUGCGACCUGUUGAGGCUGUUGCCAAAGCCCCGGCAGUGCAGUCCCAUCCAGCUGCAUGGGAGAAAGAGAUGGGCCAACAAAAGAAGAGGGGGACAGCAGGAAGAAAAGAAAGAAUGAAGGAGCCCAAACUCCUGGGCAGUUUAGCCUGGCAUGAGAGUACAUUAAGACCUGGAGGCCCAGGUAUUUUCUACUCAAGACUGAUGGUACAUUCAUAGGCUACAAGGAACGACCACAACAUGUUGAGGCACUUGAAACGCCUUUAAAUAACUUCUCAGUAGCACAGUGCCAGCUGAUGAAGACGGAGAGGCCCAAGCCCAACACAUUCAUCAUCCGCUGCCUGCAGUGGACCACUGUUAUCGAGCGCACCUUCCACGUGGAGACCCCCGAGGAGAGGGAAGAAUGGACGAAGGCCAUUGAGGCCGUAGCAGACAGUCUACAGAAAGAGGAGGAGGAGAUGAUGGACUCCUCCCCAGACCCAAUGGACAUGGAAAUGUACCUGACCAAACCCAGACUCAAAGUGACUAUGCACGACUUUGAAUACCUCAAACUCCUAGGAAAAGGCACUUUUGGCAAAGUGAUCCUGGUGAAGGAGAAGGCCACGGGACGCUACUAUGCCAUGAAAAUCCUGAAGAAGGAAGUAAUCGUAGCGAAAGAUGAAGUGGCACACACACUCACAGAAAACCGAGUGCUCCAGAAUUCCAAGCAUCCGUUCUUGACGGGCCUGAAAUACUCCUUCCAGACUCAUGACCGGUUGUGUUUCGUCAUGGAGUAUGCGAACGGCGGAGAGCUGUUCUUCCACCUGUCCCGGGACCGGGUGUUUUCUGAGGAGCGGGCUCGGUUCUAUGGGGCGGAGAUAGUGUCAGCACUGGACUACCUGCAUGCUGAGAGGAACGUGGUCUACAGAGACCUGAAGCUGGAAAAUCUCAUGCUGGACAAAGACGGACACAUACAAAUCACUGACUUUGGACUGUGUAAGGAGGGGAUCACAGACGGGGCCACCAUGAAGACCUUCUGUGGGACGCCAGAGUACCUGGCCCCAGAGGUUCUGGAGGACAAUGACUAUGGCCGGGCGGUGGACUGGUGGGGUCUGGGCGUGGUCAUGUAUGAGAUGAUGUGUGGUAGGCUGCCCUUCUACAACCAGGACCACGAGAAGCUGUUUGAGCUCAUCCUCAUGGAGGACAUCCGUUUCCCACGCACCCUGGGCCCUGAGGGCAGGUCCCUGCUCUCAGGCCUGCUCAAAAAGGACCCCAAGCAGCGGUUAGGUGGUGGACAGAAUGAUGCUAAAGAGAUCAUGCAGCACAAAUUCUUUGCUGGGAUUGAAUGGCAAGAUGUUUAUGAGAAGAAGCUGGUCCCGCCUUUUAAGCCGCAGGUUACCUCAGAAACAGACACGCGGUAUUUUGACGAGGAGUUCACAGCACAGACCAUCACUAUUACACCGCCCGGACAAGAAGACAGCAUGGAGUCGUUUGACAGCGAACGGAGGCCCCACUUCCCACAGUUCUCCUACUCUGCGAGUGGGACAGCCUAAACACCCCCUCUCAUUCCUCUGGUCCCAACAUUUCCCCUCACCCUACCAGACUGCACAUCCAACUACAUUCGCCCCAUCCUUUUUUUUACUUCCAGUGUCGCAUAUAGUAUUGUUGAACAGACAUUUGCUAUCUGCAAGUUUGGUAAUUAUAGGGGGAAAUAUUUCAUACUACACAAAUGAAAAACUGGUUGUUUCUGUGGCUUCUUAAGACUUUUCUAAUGGUGAGAGAUAACACUACAGUGUUGCUUGUCUUGAUGAGUUGAGUCAGACAAGCUUGAUGUUCAUAAAACCACACUUUAUAGGAAAAGGGUGGCAAUGCAGCAAUGUGGUAUAUCAAUUUAGAAUGGUCAGGCUACACUUUCCUAAACUUCUAUUUGCCUUGCUUCUGUCAGCACCUGUUAUAUUUGUCACACAUUAUUCACCAAGUGAACAUUUUACGGGACCAUAAGGAUUGUAUCGGAAUUAGCCAUGUAAAAUGUAAAUGUCUUUUUGAUGUUCUUUGUUUAAGGCAAAGACAUAUUGUGGACCAACAGCAACAACAAAAUAUGACCAAUGACUUAAUUUUCCAUGUAGUGGGAGGUUUAAUCAUAUUUAGAUAUUGUUAUCAGGACUUUCACAUUACACUAAUCACUAUUUGACCAACACUUUGAAACCUGUUGUUCUGCCAUUUGAAUCUACCUAAUCAAUAAAAUGUAUAAUUCUGCAUACCUAACUGUUGUAGAACAUGGUUGAUUCUCAUAGGACUUCCAUUCCUCAAAAGAACAUUCUUAUCUGUAUGUUAGAGCCCCAAAACAUUCUAGAACAAAGGGAGAAUGACAUGGUCUAUUGACCUCUGUCAGAGCGCCCCCGCUCCAUUAUCAGGCUAAUGACAAAUUGUGCAAUACAAUGGCAGACACUUAAAGAACUGAUUGUGGGAGCAGGCAUACAAUGUAAAUGUGUUCAAGCUUGCCGUAACUGAAUCGCAGAACUGUGUCUACACGGUCAAUUGGAUAUCCUUUUGCUGUUGUCCCGUUUGAAAAGACAGUUACUCUAAACUCUCUGGACUAUGUGCUUGGAUCAUGAUGCCUUCCUGUCUGAAUGCUGUGUUUCCAACACUCUUGGCUGUUUCUUUCUGAACUGGCCAGUCAGGUACUGAUCCUUUCUGCCCAAUCAGGGAAUCUUCUGUCUCUGGGUUUUUUCCUCUUCCACAGUAUUGGGUGUUUUCCUCCCAGUGUAUUCACUACAGCCUCAAUGAGGUCACUGUAACAACAUUACAGUCCUUCAGGACUUACUCCAUAAACAAGCUGGGCUGUGGUUCAGGGGAAAACAAGUUGAGUCUGCUUUGAUCUCUAUAGGUAGGGAUCAGGGUACAUGGUUCUGAGUUAUUUAUAGAAAACGAGUGACUGUGCCAAUGAUAUGCAAUUUCCUGCCCCAAAACAUGUAUUUGUUCACUUAUUUGUACUUGUUACACUUUAGUCAAUUCUGAAAGGUGUGAACUAUUAAAGGCUUGUUUGUGUAAUUAACCCCUCUAUACAGAUUGCUGUAGAUAAACUGAGAAUCUUGGAAAUGCUUUUUGGGGAAACUGCAGUGUUUCCAGAGGACUGAUAACUAUGAAGUUAAUGUUAUUGAAUGUAAAAGCAUUUUUUUUUGAUUGGAUUGUUACUUAUUCUUGUGCGCUGUGCCCCCUCCUGUGCACCCUUUGCUGUCACCCCCUAAAAAUGGGGAAAUGCCUUUAAUACCUUUAUUUUUUUGUACCUGCCCUUUCCCAUUCCGGAAACUGAGGACACCAGCUUUAGUAAACACAUAGUAUAACCGUUGUCCCCUUUUUACAGUUUUUCUUUCAAAUUUAUAUAAAAUGUCUUAACUAAA